UUACUUGCAGUUGAAAGAGCCUCUUAACAUAUAGUGAGAAGGCAAUGUCCGAAGAGUCGGAACGGCACGGGGAGUCGGCGAGUGACGGUGUCUCUGGCGGCGUCACAAACGUGGCGCGCGUGUUGUUGACCUCGGUCCAGCUCGACACCACAUCCGCGGAGUCACUGCGCGCCUCGUGGAGAACCCAGGACUUGUACAUUGAUCAUCUCGAAACGUUGAACAAGCAGUUGGAAGGAAGCUUGGAAAAGGCGAAAGAGGUAGAAGAUAGGAUUAAACAACAAUAUGCUGAAUCACAACAUAGAGAAAAAAUUCUUGUUCGAAGGCUUGCAGCUAAGGAACAGGAAAUACAAGACUAUGUAAGUCAAAUUACUGAAUUAAAAUCAUCACAUGCGAGUCUCAACGGGAGACCAUCACUCUUAGAUCCAGCAGUUAAUAUGCUCAUUUUGAGAUUGAAACAAGAGUUGACGUCAACAAAGGCGAGGCUCGAGGAAACCCAAAAUGAAUUGUCUGCUUGGAAGUUCACACCUGACUCUAAUACAGGAAAGAAACUUAUGGCUAAAUGUAGAUUACUGCAUCAGGAGAACGAGGAUUUAGGACGAAUGACAUCUAGUGGUCGGAUAGCAAAGUUAGAGGGUGAUCUAGCAUUACAAAAAAGUUUUAGCGAAGAAGUAAAGAAAUCCCAAUCAGAGUUAGACGAAUUUCUGCAGGAGCUUGAUGAAGAUGUAGAGGGUAUGCAGAGUACGGUGUUAUUCCUGCAACAGGAGUUACGGGCCACACAUGCCACUGUGAACGGUAAUAGACCUUCCACACCUACUGAUAAACGGACAUACUCGGGCAGUGAGUGUAGCGACACACCGGUCAGCAAGCGAAGGCGCGCCUCAGUCCUAUCUCUUGACUACAACGAGGACGAGGAGCCUCUCACAGUGACCAACGGCGAUGCCGAAUAGCCCCGGACAAGAGUGUUCCUAAGAACACGCUACUUCAAAUAGUGAAAUUUUGUGAAUUAUUGUUAUCAAUUACUACCGCAAGUAUUUCGUUGACUCAAAAUUGAUUUUGAAUAAUUAUUGUGAGUGAUUAUCAGCAAUGUCAAAGUAAUUAAAAAACACUCUUAUGGUGUCACUCACUACAAAUGGAAUGCUUCUGUAUUAGGAUAUAUUGAAGUGUAUUCUAUUAAAUCUAAAAAAAUAUGUACUUUGUUAGAGGAGAAAAUUUAUAUAAACGAGCUGUGUCAUUUCCAUUGACAAUGAAUUGGUGAUGAUUGUGUUGAGGUGAAAAUGAUAUAAAAACAUUUGGGUUAAACUAUAGUUUGCGUUUUAUGCACAAGAGUGGACCAUGUGAUCAGAGUAAUGGUGAAUCGUUUUUGACAUUGUUUUAUACUUAUGAUGAAUAUGAAGACAAACACUCAGUUGACAAUUUUAUAAUUUAUUUAUGUAAAGUGCAUUACUUAAUUGUGAUAUAUUAGAGAAAUCUAAUUAUAUAUAAAUUAUGAGCAAUAAUAAUAAUAAUAAUGUGUUUUGUUGCCAAAUUACAUUGUUUUAUGGCAUUUGUUUUUUUUUUGUGCCACAGUUGAUAAAAUAAUUAUAAAGUCGAGUCCAUGAUAUGUGUAGCAAUAAUGUCAACACCAAGCCUAAUAUAUUAUUAAAUGUCACGUUUUUAUUGAAUUUGUGACUUUCUACAUACAAAUGUUUCUAUUUUCAAAUUACAAUUAAUGUGUAUAUAUAUAGAGCUAUGUUAAUAAACAUAUUACUGGCAU